GUCACGAGAAAGUCGCCAUUACUAGUGUACGAGUUAAAAAGGAAUAAUAUAUAUCGGCGUGUUCGAUUUAAACUCCUGGUUUACAGUGUGCACGUUUAAUGAUGCUUUUUAUAAGCGUUUAGUGAAUCCUUUGUGGAAUUUUUUUUACCAUUUCAACCAUUACCAUUACUUAUUAAUAGGAACACAGAGUUGUGCGAGGGGGCGUGAACGUUAUGCAAGAACUUUAUUUAAACACAUUUAACGUUAAAGUUGUUGUACUCUUAUUACAUUGAGCUCAAUUCUAUCUGUCGUUUUAGACAAACUGGAAUUUUGAUUUAAAUAAAUCUGAAAUUCAGGCAUACAGCAGCAAUCAUGGCAGUCUCCUUGCUAAGGGUAGGACGAUUUGGAACGCUUAAGUAUCUGCUGGCAGAGAGUUCUGUAAGAGUUCCUGUUGUCACUCUGAGCACAACAUCUGGGGACAAGAAGUCCAAAAAGCCCAGCAAAGAAAAAGCAGCUCCAAAAACAUACUUUGAUAUUGGAACACUUGUCCAGCACAGAGCGUAUGUGGAAUUCCCCAAAAAGGAGCCUACAGUUGUUGCUGCAGCCACAGAAGCUGCAUCUGCUGCCACCCCUAUAACUGCCGCUCCUGCUGCAGCAGAAGCACCAGCCACCAUUCCUACUGUUGAAGCUGCUAUAUCUGCCACUAAUCUGACUCCUCCAGUUGAAACCCCUGAAGCCAAAACCCCAGAACCCGCUGCCACUACAGCCGAAUCCGCUGCCCCUGCAACCGAAGCCGCUGCCCCCGGAGCCGCUGCCCCUGCAGCCGGAGCCGCUGCCCCUGCAGCCGAAGACCCUGCCUCUGCAGUCGAAGCCGCUGCCCCUUCAGUUGAAGUUCCUGCAGUUAAAGCCGCUGCAGCCAAAGUGACAGCCCCUGGAGUUGAAGCAGCUGCCCUUUCACUUGAAGUUCCUGCAGUUGAAGCGGUUGCCCCUUCAGCCAAAGCCCCUGCAGUCGAAGCACCUGCCCCUUCAGUCGAAGCCGAUACUGUCAUAGCCGCUGCCCCUUCAGUUGAAGUUCCGGUAGUUAAAGCCGCUGCCCCUGCAGCCAAAGCGACAGCCCCUGGAGUUGAAGCAGCUGCCCCUUCAAUCAUUUCUGAAGCUGCCCCUAUUGUAGAGGCUGUCACUGAAGUAGCUGCAGAAGUUGUGACUGAAGUUGCCCCUGUUGCAGAUACAGCUCCUGCUGAAGAGCUGAUAGAUUCUGUCCCUGUGGUAACAGAUGCUGCUGAGGUUCCUGCUGGGGAGACACCUGAGGCUGGAUUGGACCCUAUUCAGAAUCUUUUCCUACAUUCAAUUCGUGCAUACACCACAAAGAGCAAUGCUGCUGGUGGUCUUGAUGCAGGCCCUGAGUACCAAAAGGCUCUUGCUGAGGAAAUAAAUAAACUAAAGCGGCUGUAUGGUGGGGGUGACCUGACUUCAUUCCCAGAUUUCAAAUUCCCUGAGCCCAUAUUUGAUGAAGUGUCUUCAAAGUAAAUCGUCUGUAUUUGUGUGUACCUCUCAUGUGCAUUUUGUCAAUUGUCUUUCAUCUGUAAGCCUUAAUAUAUUGUGAGAUUAUACAUGCAAGUCUAAAUAGCCAAUUUUCAAACAUGUGUGAUGAAAAGCUGAUUUAUGUGGUGCACAUGUGGAAGUUUGUUUGAAUUCUUUAGGAAAAGAGCUGAAUAAACUGAGCCGCACACA